UCUGUCCAUAAACCUUCUUCCACCACAUGGCUGUGCUAGAGUUUCUGAGCCUAGCCUGGCUCAAAAGGCUCCCCAGUUCAUGAAUUGUUAUUUUCUUAAUUAAACUCCUUUAAAUUUAAUUCAGCUGAAGCUUUGCUUUCAUCGGAUGUGGUCAGAAGCAGGAUCUGAAGUAGAGCCUCUAAUGACCCCCAGGAGUGCUGAGUGAACAAUCAAGGUACCUGCAAGACCCAUUUGUGUCCAUUGAUCUCUCGGAGCAGCUGGGGAUCAUGGAGUGUGGGGCUGAUUGUGCCAAGUUCCAGAAGAGUGAGCUAGAAUUCAAGUUUAAUCGGAAAGCCUUGGAGAGGCCAUACACCUCAAAGCAUUCCUGGGGGAAGACGUACGGGGAGCACAAACGACACCUGGAGUUCAACCAUGACCAGUACAGGGAGCUGCAGAGGUACGCUGAGGAAGUUGGGAUCUUCUUCACUGCCUCUGGCAUGGAUGAGAUGGCAGUUGAAUUCCUGCAUGAACUGAAUGUUCCAUUUUUCAAAGUUGGAUCUGGAGACACUAAUAAUUUUCCUUAUCUGGAAAAGACAGCCAAAAAAGGUCGCCCAAUGGUGAUCUCCAGCGGGAUGCAGUCGAUGGACACCAUGAAGCAAGUCUAUCAGAUUGUGAAGCCCCUCAACCCCAACUUCUGCUUCUUGCAGUGUACCAGCGCGUACCCGCUCCAGCCUGAGGACGUCAACCUGCGGGUCAUCUCGGAAUAUCAGAAGCUCUUUCCUGACAUUCCCAUAGGGUAUUCUGGGCAUGAAACAGGCAUAGCAAUAUCUGUGGCCGCAGUGGCUCUGGGGGCCAAGGUAUUGGAACGUCACAUAACUUUGGACAAGACCUGGAAGGGGAGUGACCACUCAGCUUCACUGGAGCCUGGAGAACUGGCCGAGCUGGUGCAGUCAGUGCGUCUUGUGGAGCGUGCCCUGGGCUCCCCAACCAAGCAGCUGCUGCCCUGUGAGAUGGCCUGCAAUGAGAAGCUGGGCAAGUCUGUGGUGGCCAAAGUGAAAAUUCCGGAAGGCACCAUUCUAACAAUGGACAUGCUUACCGUGAAGGUGGGUGAGCCCAAAGGCUAUCCUCCUGAAGACAUCUUUAAUCUAGUGGGCAAGAAGGUCCUGGUCACUGUUGAAGAAGAUGACACCAUCAUGGAAGAAUUGGUAGAUAAUCAUGGCAAAAAAAUCAAGUCUUAAAAUAAAGUGCCAUUCUAUGAA